AAGCAACCGGAAAGCGCGCGCAAGCGACAGUCUCGGAGCAGCUCGGCUUUAGGCGUGCGUCACGCGCUCUCAGCUUGGUUUCAUUUACAUUUAAAAUUAAAAGUUUCUUCAGCGAGAUCCGAUCUAAGUCCGACAUCCUGAGACUCACGGAAGCGUGCUAGUCAGAUCGGUAUUUAAUUAUUUUUGUUGUUGUAAUAUUAAAAAAAGAAAAGCUGCAGACAUGUUUGAGGCCCGACUGGUUCAAGGCUCCAUCCUGAAGAAGGUGCUGGAGGCCCUAAAGGAUCUGAUCACCGAGGCGUGCUGGGAUGUGAGCUCGUCGGGGAUCUCUCUGCAGAGCAUGGACUCGUCUCAUGUGUCCCUGGUGCAGCUCACACUGCGCAGCGACGGCUUCGACUCGUACCGCUGCGACAGGAAUCUCGCCAUGGGUGUCAACCUGAGCAGCAUGUCUAAAAUCCUGAAGUGUGCCGGGAAUGAGGACAUCAUUACCCUGAGAGCGGAAGACAAUGCAGAUUCUCUGGCUUUGGUUUUCGAGACUCUCAAUCAGGAGAAAGUCUCUGAUUAUGAGAUGAAGCUAAUGGACUUGGAUGUGGAGCAGCUUGGAAUUCCAGAGCAGGAGUAUAGCUGUGUAGUGAAGAUGCCCAGUGGUGAAUUUGCUCGGAUUUGCCGGGAUUUGUCCCAGAUUGGAGAUGCUGUGAUGAUCUCCUGUGCCAAAGACGGUGUGAAGUUCUCUGCCAGUGGUGAACUGGGAACUGGAAACAUCAAACUGUCUCAAACAAGCAAUGUGGACAAAGAAGAUGAGGCUGUGACUAUUGAAAUGAACGAACCUGUGCAGCUCAUCUUUGCACUGAACUACCUGAACUUCUUCACCAAGGCCACUCCUCUCUCCAAGACGGUCACACUCAGCAUGUCUGCAGAUAUCCCACUUGUGGUGGAGUACAAGAUUGCAGAUAUGGGUCACAUCAAGUACUACCUAGCUCCUAAAAUUGACGAGGAGUCAUCCUGAAUUCUCACUUCAGCCAUUUCAGCCCCAAAUAUUUCUGCGUAACUGGUACAUUUUGGCAGUUCCUUGGAUCCCAAACCAGGGAACAUACACAACAGACUGUCGAAACAGUAAAGUUCACAUCACAUGUCCUGACUUUCAGUCUUUGUUUAUCCAAAUCCUUUCCUUUUUCUUUUUUUUUUCUUUUUGAUUCCCCCUCUGAUCUGCCUUGAAGCACUAGGAGUGUGUCUGUUUUCAUUCCAAUACUUUGUAGAUAAAAAUAUCUGUAAAUAUGCCAAUUUGGACUUUUCAUUCUGUUACCCACUAAUAAACAUUUUGUAAUAUGUG